CAAGUUGACAUUUGAUCUGUGACAUAAAAUUGUCCUGUUUUGUACGCUAUGUGAGUAGCCCUUUCGUGCUCGUUCCCAAAUUGUGAGUGCAAAAUGAGUGAUGCAGGGUAUUCAACCGCUUUUUCCUAUUUCCUCUUGGCAGCAACGGGCGCUUACUGCCUUCAAGAAUACCGCUGCAGCAUAUGUACAGUAAAACUGGCGUGUGUCAGUUUCGGAAUUAUCACAGCGAACGCCUUACUAGGAGCUUGGCAUUGGGUAAACAAAUCGGAAGGAAGUGCAAUAGAGAGCACCUAUAAGGUAACAACAUUUCUUCGGAGUAUACUUGCGUUGCCGUUCGUUGUAACCCAGAUAUGGUUGGAUUAUGGUUACGAUCAGGAGUUGGCAAAUUUUCAUUCACUGAUAUGCUUGGUGCCAUUUCACUUGUAUUUGGCCAAUAAAACAAAUAACGCGAUUAUCGACAUGUUGAUAGCGGUGAACGCGGCUUCGUUGUGGAUUGUUUCUUGGAUGACCAAUAGCCUUCAUGGCAUGGCAGCUGCGGGAUCCUACCUGUGUACCCAUUUCCUGUUCCGAUCUGGACAUAUGGAUUUUGACCAAACUUCAGUUACCGAUCUUCAAAAUUAUGGACUAAUAUGCUUUACAUAUUAUUCAUUGAUGUGUCUUACAAAAAACCCAAAAUGUUAAUAUAAAUAACUGGUUUCACUAUUAUUAAUUAAUUACAGUCUUUAU